AUGCUGCAAAAGGCUUUUGUUGUUGUGUCCAUUUUUCUGAUGGUUGGUGCGGCUGAGGUACCGCGAUUAGUACUGGACGAUAAGUACGACAGCCGUGUAGUCGGUGGAGAAGAUGCGAAGAAUGGAUCCGCACCGUAUCAGGUGUCGCUGCAAGUGUCCGGCUUUGGUCACAGUUGCGGUGGAUCACUACUGAACGAUCGAUGGGUUCUAACGGCUGCUCACUGUCUGGUUGGGAAGGAACCUGACAACCUGUUGGUGCUUGUCGGUACGAACAGUCUGAAGGAGGGCGGUGAACUACUGAAGGUGGACAAGCUGCUAUACCACAGUCGCUACAAUCUUCCUCGGUUCUCCAACGACAUUGGUCUUGUACGUCUUGAGAAGCCGGUAAAGUUUUCUGAUGUCGUGAAGAGCGUCGAAUAUUCGGAAAAGACAGUUCCCGCCAAUGUUACGGUGCGAUUGACUGGCUGGGGUGGCACCAGUACCAACGGACCUGAACCUACACUUUUACAGAGCUUGAACGUCGUCACACUGUCGAACGAGGAGUGCAAUAAGAAGGGUGGCGAUCCAGGUUAUACCGAUGUUGGACACCUUUGCACCUUGACUAAGGCAGGCGAAGGAGCAUGCAAUGGUGACUCCGGUGGCCCACUGGUGUACGAGGGAAAGCUGGUGGGAGUUGUCAACUUCGGUGUUCCAUGUGCACAAGGAGUUCCGGAUGGGUUCGCACGAGUAUCGUACUACCAUGAAUGGGUUCGCACAAAUAUGGCAAACAACUCACUGAAUGCCGAGCUGAGCAGCUUUGUGCAGAAAAAGUCAUUUGCCCAGAACAUGAUGGACAUUGCACUGCUCUCGGCAAACACCAACCAGCUACGAUACGUGAUAGAUUUGGGAGAGAAACAUCCGUACUAUAUGACCAGCCUGCUGCUUAUUGUAGUAAGUUUGGUGAUGCAGAUCGUCGUUGGACUGUCCAUGCUGUAUGUGAACAGGGUUGUAGCCGCGAUCAACCUGUGCAACAUGCUGCAAAAGGCGGUUAUUGUUGUGUCCAUUUUCCUGGUGGUUGGCGCGGCUAACGUACCGCGAUUAGUGCUGGACGAUAAGUACGAUAGCCGUGUAGUCGGUGGAGAGCCAGCGAAGAAUGGAUCCGCACCGUAUCAGGUGUCGCUGCAGGUGUCCGGCUGGGGUCACAACUGUGGUGGAUCACUACUGAACGAUCGAUGGGUUCUAACGGCUGCUCACUGCCUACUCGGGUACGAUCCGAUCAACAUAAAAGUCCUUGCGGGAACGAACAGUCUACAGGAAGGAGGCGAAAUGCUUAAUUCAGAGAAGUUUUUUCUUCACAAUUAUGCCUAUCCGGAGUUCAUCAAUGAUAUAGGACUGAUACGCCUGGAGCAACCGGUGCAGUUUACGGAGCUUAUACAAAGCAUCGAAUAUUCGGAAAAGGCUGUUCCCGCCAAUGUUACGGUGCGAUUGACUGGCUGGGGUCGCACCAGUACCACCGGGUCAAUACCCACAUUGCUGCAAAGUCUCAAUGUAAUCACGCUGUCGAACGAGGACUGCAAGGCGAAGAGUCUUUACCCGGAGCACGUCGAUGUUGGACACCUUUGCACCCUGACUAAAGCUGGCGAAGGAGCGUGUAAUGGAGAUUCCGGUGGUCCAUUGGUGCACGACGGAAAGCUGGUAGGGGUUGUAAACUUUGGCGUUCCUUGUGCAUUCGGAUAUCCGGACGGGUUCGCACGGAUGUCCUACUAUCACAACUGGGUUCGCACAACUAUGGCUAACAAUUCCUAA